AUCGAUGGGCGCUAAAAUAGUGAUCGCAGUUGAUGUUGGUUCAGCUGCUGAAACAAAUCUGUAUAAUUAUGGUGAUUCAUUGAGUGGGUUUUGGGUGUUAUUAAGGAAGCUCAAUCCUUUUGCGGAAUCCGUCAAAGUUUUAAAUAUGGAGGAAAUACAGAGUCGUUUAGCAUAUGUUUCUUGUGUGCAGCAGCUUCAACUGGUAAAAAACGCCGGUUAUUGUCAGUAUGUUCGACCACCUAUCGAGGAAUUCAAGACUUUAGACUUCGUGAAAUUUGAUUCUAUACGUGAUGUAGGCUAUAAACAUGGACUGGAUGUGUUCCGUGAACUCGUGAAGACAAAUGAAGACCUGAAGAGUGUUAUUGACGCAGAGAAGUUACGUUCAUUAAAACGGCGUUACUGGCGCCGAGAACCUGCAAAGUUGUCGUUCUACGACCAUACCCGCGCCUCAUCAUUCACUAAUCUUGCUGCCCAGGUAAUAGAGUUCUAUGGUAUUUGAAA